AGCACUGAAUUGUGGAAGCGGCUCAUUCGCAUUCUUCCCUUCUAAGAGAUUCUGCUAAGUUAUCGUAGGCCGCCUGCUUGCACCCCAUACAGCAGAGCCAUUCGGGGCAAAUUUGGUGGUCGUAUAGAGGUUCUGGUUCAUACACUGAGUUGGAAGCUUGCUUCUUCGCGUUCUACUCUUCCCAAUGGCGAGAGCAUACGUUCUAGUGAUAUGUGUGGUCCUUCUGAAACUGGCGAUGGUGUCCUAUGCUGCAGCGGCCGAUAGCAAGACCUUCACCAUCAUGAACUAUUUACCGAAGGAUGACUUCAUCAUCAUCCGCUGCGAUUGCCUGGACUCCAAUGACAUUGUCACCGUGCUCAGCGACACCAUCGGUGAGUGUGAAGACAAGGAGUUCCAAGCUAGCACCUGCCCCAACGGUGCGUCGGCCAAGGGCUUCUUCUGCAAGUUCUUGUACUACAGACGAUCGGGCGUGACUAUCAAACAGCAAUACACAAAUAUCAAGGUUUGGGCAAGCACAGGGCCUGCCAACACUUACUUCAAGCUCGAUACGAAUGGUGUCUAUGGAUCGACCCAGUCUGAGAAUGUCGGAGCCGCCGCGAACAUUCUUAGUGGCUGGGCCGACAAAUCGUGGGUCGUCAAGGAUAAUUCUCUUGGAAAUGGGCAGUCUUUCUGAAAAACUCAGACAGUGCUUCCAAUCCCCAGGGAAGAAGCUGCUAGGAAUAGUCCAGUGUGGCUAAGUAUUUUUAUCUGAUACGCCUUCAUCCAGCAUCUAUAAGAGAUUCAUGUCUGGCGAUGGCAACACAGCUCGCAGUCGAAAGACUGCGAGCUGUGUUGCCGUCGCCUGGUUUCGACUGGUCUUCACUAAACGCAUGAAUCUGGACAUUAGCUCAGACUGCAUCGAUGCUUAUGUGAAUGUUUUUUCUUUUGACGAAAAUGCGCCAUCAUGAUUCAUCAUGAUGCUUCAGGCGAUAUUUAAAGUAGGCCAGUGCUCUAUGUCAGAUGAUCUAAUUUAUAUAUUCGUAUUAUUUAACC